UUAAAUUUAUAUAGUUUUGCCCAAAAUAUUAUUUUUUGUAUAAAAAUAUGAUUAAAUAUUGUCAACUUUAUCAAAUUGGUAAUGUUAUAUUGUUAAUGUACAAUAAUUAAUAUUCAUGGAGUGUACCUAUAUAUUUAUAUAGUAUACUAGCUUUUACCCGCGGCUUCGUUCGCAUCGAAUCCAUCAAAUAAAUAACUGAUAUCAUUAUAGUAGAUAUGGAUCCAUAUAAAGAAUAUAUUUUAUAUAUAUUCCAAUUCUUAGUUAUGAAAUUACGACGACGCGUGGUUCUUACUUCUGCAUCAUUAAUUCUUCUUGCCUGCAAUUGUUCUUGCGUUUCCGUUGCUCUUCUAGCUUCCUGCUGCUAAGCUUGUCUUUUCGAACGUACUCGUGCCUGAUGAGAAGUUUCAGCUGCUCUCAAAACACGUUGUCGAUCUGCUUGCUGUUGCCUUCUCAGCUCUGCUUGAACUUCACAUUCUUUAUUUCGUGUAACUUUAGCCUUACGCACCGGCGUAGAAUUUCUUGACAGCGCCGAUUUCCGCUUUCGAGGCAUUUUUAUAUUUAAUAAGAGUAACUAAUAAUAUUUGUGUUAUUUCUCUGAUUUACGUUUUUUAUACAUUUAUGUUUUCUUUCAUUUUUAAUUUUUUCGACAAACAAUCAUUUCUGCCAAACUUUUGUUUUUCAAUUUCAAAAUUUUCAAAUUUAUUUUCCAAACAUAUAUAAUCUUCCAAAAUAAUUUUUUUAAUAAUCCGUAAAAAAUUUAUAAAUUUUGUAAUAAAAAGUAUCCUAUGUUCAUUCUGACACCUCUAAGAGUAUAUGUACAAAAUUUCAUGAUGAUCUGUUAAGUAGUUUUUGCGUGAAAGCUUAACAAACAAACGGACUUUCGCAUUUAUAAUAUUAGUAUAGAUAUAAACUUUUGUUUCGAAAAUAUUCUUGCAAGUUUUCAUUAAUGUUUUCCAUUACAAAUACCUGUUCACAAAAACUUAUUACACUACAUUCCAUUUACUUGCAUCUCUGAGCCCAAAAAAGCAGAUUUUGAUCAGUUGAUAAAAAAUGUGUAAAACUGAUGGAAAACAGCUGGUUCUUUUGUUACUUGUUGGUUUAUAGUACAAACACCAACAGAUCGAGACAUUGUGUAAAGUUUAUAUAGUUUUUACAUAUUUGUACUGUGAGACAUUGUAUCAACUAUUUAAACUUUACACAAUGUCUCGAUCCGUCAGUGUUGUGUAUGCAUGUGAGCUAAGAUGAACAAACAAACUGCAGCGUUGGUGACAUGUGAACAAUUCAAACUAUUUCUCCGUGCGAAUUUCGAAAAUUUUGAUGAUCUUGUAAACUUUUCUGCAGUUCGAGCCUUAGAUGACGGCGAAAACUAUAUUACUACGAUCAUAAGAAUUCGUGCCGACAUAAAGCUGAAAGAUACAAGCCUCCAACGCGUGCAACUCAUACUGAAAAUACCCUUGAAGGUUAAUGAAAAUAAAGGGAGCGAAAACAACGAAGAGAAAGUGCCAACUUCAGCAGACGAUUAUCAUGAAUUAUUUGUCAUCGAAUCGGAUAUGUAUGACAAAAUCGUACCAGAGUUGGAGGGGUUAUAUGCAAAUUUCGAUAACAAAAUAUAUUUCAAACCUAAACAAUAUCGGUUUGCUCAUGAACUAACUUGCAAUUAUAUUCUUCUGGAAGAUCUACAGGCAAGGGGAUUUAAAAAUGCGCCAAGGCGAGAGGGUCUCAACGUAGAGCAUACUAACGCGGUGCUAGCAAAGUUGGCGCAGUGGCAUGCUGCUUCCGCUAAGAGAGUUGAAAUAAGAGGCGAUUACCCAGAAGAGUAUUUAAACAGUUACUUCUCACAGCAGAAUUUGACCUUUAUUGAAAAUAUGAAUGCUGCAUUCAAUGAGCCGUUUGCCCAGUGUUUGGAAAGCUAUGAUUUGCUGCUUCCAGAGAAGGAGAUCAUUUUGAAUUACAUGAAAAACAUGAAUGAAUUAUAUUUAAAAUUUGGCACUAUCGAUGCACAAGCCUUCAAUGUUCUUAACCACGGCGACUUUUGGAUAAAUAACAUCAUGUUUCGGCACAGUGAGGAUGACGGAGUGACAGUUCAGGAGGUGCUCUUCGUUGAUUUUCAACUGCCCAAGUAUGGAAGUUUCGCAAUGGAUGUAUUCUGCUUUUUGAUGACUUCACCACAAUGGAAUAUAAAAUUGACAAAUUUUGAAAAUUUCAUACAGUUCUAUCAUACCGAGCUAGUUCGAAACUUGACAACAUUAAAUUACAUGAAGCCAGUACCUACACUCGAUCAGUUAAAUGCUCAACUGGAAAAAUACGGUUUGUGGGCUUUUGUUUGUGUUCAGCGGAUGCUUGCAGUGGCUUUACUAGAUCCGCAUGAAAAUUCCAACAUUGAAACUUUCAUGAGCAAUAAUGAGGCGGGAAAAGCUUUUAAAAAACGCAUGUUUUACAAUCCCAAAUAUGUACAACAAGUGAAAGAGAUCUUGCCUUGGCUAAUACAGAAGAAUUACUUGCAUUACAUGACGCAGAUCUCAUAAUUGAUUGGUAUUUAACAAUGCAACGCCUACCUAUAGUAAUUAUAAUAAUUCGGUAUUAUUACAAUAAAUAAAAAGCUGCCCAGCUUAUUAAAUUUCAAA